AUGAUGGAGAGAAUAAGAAAAGAGAUGAUAUUGAUGGAGAGAGGGCUGCACAGUCCCGUCGCAGGGAAGAGGCUCGCAGACACGCCUGUAAAUUCAGUGCUGGAGGCCCUGGAAAACUCUCAGCACAGCGGACGGCUCAGCCCGAGAAUAACUUCGGCUUCUCUCCAUGGAAAUCUGGGGGACAUCCCGACCAAAGGCAAAUUUGAAAUUGACAGUCUUUUCGGGACGCACCACAACAGUGAGAAUAGCUCUUCGGCGGAGAUUUCCUCGUCAGAAAGCAGGAAGAAAAUGAGCCUUUACUCCGAAGUUUCGCCAGAUUCAGAUAUUAACAGCGAUGUGGAGGUGGGGUGCCCUUCGCACCGCUCCCCGAGCCAGCACAAGGAAAACAACAAAGGUUUUUCAGACAGUUCUGGAUCCUCCAACAUUAGCUCGAAUUCCCUGCAGAAUAUGAACGGUAACUCUUCGGGGGGAAACAAUUCAAACAGCGACCAGGUGAGAAGAUACCGGACAGCUUUCACCAGGGAACAGAUCGGGAGACUGGAGAAAGAGUUUUACAGGGAAAAUUACGUUUCCAGACCGAGAAGAUGUGAACUGGCCGCAGCGCUCAACCUGCCCGAGACGACGAUUAAGGUGUGGUUCCAGAACAGGCGGAUGAAGGAUAAGAGGCAGCGCUUGGCGAUGUCCUGGCCCCAUCCUGCAGACCCCAGCUUCUACACUUACAUGAUGACGCACGCAGCAGCUACAGGAAGCCUACCUUACCCUUUCCACUCGCACAUGCCUCUACAUUACUACCCGCACGUCGGUGUCACGGCAGCAGCGGCCGCCGCCGCCGCCUCCGGCGCCGCCUCUUCACCUUUCGCCACUUCCAUCCGGCCCCUCGACACCUUCCGGGCGCUGUCCCACCCGUACUCGCGGCCGGAGCUCCUGUGCAGCUUCAGGCACCCGGGACUCUACCAGUCACCCGCAGGGCUCAAUAGCUCGGCGGCAGCGUCUGCGGCGGCCGCGGCUGCGGCAGCGGCGGCGGCGGUGAGCGCGCCGUCAGCCACCGGGCCUUGUUCGUGUCUCAGCUGCCACAGCAGCCAGGCGGCCAGCGCGCUCGGCUCCAGGAGCGCCAGCGCGGACUUUACCUGCACAGCUUCCGGGCAAAGAUCCGAGAGUGGAUUUCUGCCCUAUUCUGCGGCUGUUCUCAGCAAAACCUCAGUCCCGUCUCCAGACCAGCGAGAAGAAAGUUCACUUAACAGAUAACUCAUCAUGCAGCCAACACGACCGUUUCCUAUUGUGCUAUAGUCCUAUUUUAGGGGAUAGUAGGCCAACUUUAAACACCACACCUGGGUACACAAUUCCUUUAUUAUAGGCAGCAAUGUAAACACACACAUUUUGAUUUCUAAAAAGUCUAAUUC